AUGUCAUCGGACACCGAGAGCACGGUCUGCGACCCGCGGUUAGAGGUCGCACCCGAGCCGCAAGUCCCCAAGGGGCCGGGCCAGAUAAGGCGCGCUACCGGCGCGGUCAAGAAUGGCGACGUCUCGCUCGCCGACUCCACCGUCAACUCCAUCGGUGUCACAUGCGGCGGCGGCGGCGCCCCUGUGUGGUGCGCGGAGCCGCCGCAGCCGCUCACCGAGCUCUGCGUCUCUGAGGAUCCGAUCAAGGCCUCGGGCUCCACGAGCAACGUGACGGACUGCACGACCGCGACGGCCCACUCCAAGAGCGAGGCCGACGAGACGGACACAAAGGCGGACUGUACGACCGCCACGGCCCACUCCAAGAUCGAGACCGGGAUCGGUAAGACCUACCCGCCUACCUCCACGCUCAACAUCGGCGCCUACGCCGAGCUCCUCGCCCCAUUUGACGAGACUUCCGGCGCGACCAAGAUCGGCGACCCCUCACUCGAGGAGAGCUUCACGAACGCCACGGCCCCCUCAGAGAACGAUGCGGCGUCCCUGCUCUUUCUCCACCCUUGUGCAGCCGUGCUGGCGCUGCUCCUCGCGGAGUUCCUUGAGCCGCUGCUGCGUGGGCAGGUCAAGAAGAAGAGGGGCGUAUGCGGCACACCAGCGGCGCCACCGUCCGCGCCACCAAUCUCUCCUCCGCCUUCACCGCCAUCACCGCCCAAGGUGCUGGUCCAGUUCGCCGUCACCAGCGGCUCCAGGUGCGCCGAGAGCCUGCCGUACGGCCCGGAGCCGUCCAAUUUCGCGACGUCGACCUCGCCGCUGGUCUGCACCGACUGCGUCACCGACACGACCGACACGUGGGAGCAGGAGUUCUACUGCGACGGCAGCACUGGCCCCGACCUGACGCUCGAGUACAAGUUCGACACGGACCGCACGAUCGGCGCCACCCUCGCCGCGGCCAACUUGGGCGGCAUCCCCGUCACAUGGUCCGCCUCGGGCUCGCUCCUCAGCAGCCCCGUCACCAUGAGCGGCACGUGGGUCGGCACCUCGACCACCGUGUACUGGACCGGCUCCGUCGGCGCCUCCGGCUCGGCUCUGGCCUCGGACGACUUCGCGUGGAUGGGCGGCGGCGGCGUGAUCAUCGACGGCGACCAGCAGAACACGGUCUCCGGCUCCACCGGCGUCUGCUCGGGCACGGGCGUCUACGGCCAGUCGAACUGCAACUCGGGCGACAGCAGCUGCAGCACCCUGUACUACGGCUCGUCGUCCAAGUCGUGCUCGAGCAUGAUCACCCGCGACGGCGGCGUCGUCUACGCGUCUAGCAGCGGUGCGGUCUCGAUCAUCAACUCGGAUGUGAGGGACUGCUCUGCUGACAAUAACGGCGGCGUUGUCUACGCGAGGGACAGCGGUGCGGUCUCGAUAACCGGCUCGGCCGUGACGAGCUGCUCUGCUGGCAUUUACGGCUCUGGCGGCGUCGUCUACGCCAAAAGGAACAGCGGUGCGGUCUCGAUGAUCGGCUCCACCAUGACGAGCUGCUCUGCUGGCGAGGACGGCGGCGUCGUCUCCGCGUAUAAGAACAGCGGUGCAGUCUCGAUCAUCGGCUCGACCGUGUCGGGCUGCUCGGCUGACGGGGACGGCGGCGUCGUCUUCGCGGAGGACAGCGGUGCGGUCUCGAUAAUCGGCUCCACCAUGACGAGCUGCUCGGCUUAUUACGGCGGCGUCGUCUCCGCGAGGGACAGCGGUGCGGUCUCGCUAAGCGGCUCGACCGUGUCGGGCUGCUCGGCUGGCGGGAACGGCGGCGUCGUCUACGCGAGGGACAGCGGUGCGCCGGUCUCGAUCAUCGUCUCGAACGUGAGCGACUGCUCGGCUGGCUCGAACGGCGGCGUCGUCUACGCGUGGGACAGCGGUGCGGUCUCGCUAAGCGGCUCGAACGUGUCGGGCUGCUCGGCUGGCUCGUACGGCGGCGUCGUCUACGCGUGGUACAGCAUCUCCCUUUCCAUCGCGGGUAUCGCUUUCAUCGACAACAGAGCGGACGGGUCAGGCUCGGUGCUGUACCUUUCAAACACGCCCUCCUCGAUCAGCGACGCCUCCUUCACCGGCAAUACCGCUGGCGACGACACGACGAUACAGACAAACUCGCCGAUAGACUGGGACUGCCGCUUGGGCAGCUGGAUGCCGCGCAAGGGCACCUUUUUUGGCGACUUCAGC